AUGGACACUGGGGACACGGCUCUAGGACAAAAAGCUACCUCAAGGUCUGGAGAAACUGAUAAAGCAUCAGGUAGAUGGAGGCAGGAACAAUCAGCUGCAGUUAAGAUGAGCACUUUCGGCAGUCAGGAAGGACAGCGGCAACCACAGAUAGAUCCGGAGCAAAUCGGAAACACAGCAUCAGCACAACUGUUUGGGUCUGGAAAGUUGGCCUCACCUGGCGAAGUGGUGCAGCCAGUCUCAGAGAAGCAAUAUCCACUGCACCGUCCAAGUCCGUACUCAUGCCAACAUUCACUCUCUUUCCCUCAGCACUCAGUGCCACAGGGGGUCAUGCACAGCAGCAAGCCACAGCAGAGCAUAGAAGGCCCUCCCUGGCUCUUCCCUGGCCCUUUGCCAUCGGUUGCCUCUGAGGACUUAUUUCCUUUUCCUAUACAUGGCCACAGUGGUGGUUAUCCUAGAAAAAAGAUUUCAAGCCUGAACCCUGCUUAUAGCCAAUACUCCCAGAAAAGUAUCGAACAGGCAGAAGAUGCUCACAAGAAAGAGCACAAACCCAAAAAGCCCGGCAAGUACAUUUGUCCUUACUGCAGCAGGGCAUGUGCCAAACCAAGCGUUCUGAAAAAACACAUCAGGUCCCAUACUGGUGAGCGGCCAUAUCCAUGUAUACCUUGUGGUUUCUCUUUCAAGACAAAGAGCAAUUUGUACAAGCACAGGAAGUCACAUGCCCAUGCAAUUAAGGCAGGAUUAGUACCUUUCACAGAGUCAGCUGUAUCUAAAUUGGACCUAGAGGCUGGUUUUAUUGAUGUAGAAGCAGAGAUACAUUCAGAUGGUGAACAGAGUACAGAUACAGAUGAGGAGAGCUCUUUAUUUGCUGAGACUUCUGACAAAAUGAGCCCUGGCCCACCCAUCCCAUUGGAUAUUGCCAGUAGAGGUGGCUACCAUGGUGGGUCCUUGGAAGAAUCCUUAGGUGGCCCAAUGAAGGUGCCAAUUUUGAUUAUCCCCAAAAGUGGGCUUCCGUUGACCAACGAAAGCUCUCAGUAUAUUGGCUCUGAUAUGCUACCAAAUCCGUCUUUAAGUACUAAGGCUGAUGACUCUCACACAGUUAAACAGAAACUUGCACUAAGACUGUCAGAGAAAAAAGGACAAGACUCUGAGCCAUCUCUCAAUCUUCUGAGCCCGCACAGUAAAGGAAGCACUGAUUCAGGUUAUUUUUCUCGCUCAGAAAGUGCAGAGCAGCAAAUAAGCCCUCCCAACACAAAUGCAAAGUCUUAUGAAGAAAUCAUCUUUGGAAAAUACUGUCGACUCAGCCCGAGAAAUGCGCUCAGUGUUACACCCACGGGUCAGGAGCGCGCCACCCUGGGGAGGAAAGGUAUCAUGGAACCAUUACCUCACGUAAACACCAGGUUAGAUGUCAAGAUGUUCGAUGAUCCUGUCUCACAGCUGAUCCCCGGCAAGGGAGAAGUGGACCCUAGUCAAACAAGUAUGCUGAGGUCCAACAAAUUCAACAGUGAGUUCAGGCAACCUCAGACUAUUCCAUCAUCUGUCAGGAAUGAAGGAAAACUUUAUCCAGCAAAUUUCCCAUGCAGCAACCCAAUUCUCUUAGAAGCUCCUGUAGACUCUUCGCCCCUUAUUAGAAGCAACUCAAUGCCAACUUCUUCAGCAACUAAUUUAAGUAUUCCCCCGUCUCUGAGAGGAAGCCACUCAUUUGAUGAAAGGAUCACAGGGUCCGAUGAUGUGUUCUAUCCGGGUACCGUAGGCAUGCCCCCUCAACGAAUGUUAAGAAGACAGGCGGCCUUUGAGCUGCCAUCGGUCCAGGAGGGGCACAUGGAGGCUGAGCACCCUGGCAGGAUGUCCAAGAGUCUUGCCAGCUCAUCCCUGAAGGAAAAGAAAGUGAUUGCUGGGGACAGGAUUGGGUACGACUAUGAUGUCUGCCGGAAACCCUAUAAGAAGUGGGAAGACUCUGAAACACCGAAGCAAAGCUACAGGGACAUUUCCUGUUUAGGUUCUUUAAAGCAUGGAGGAGAAUACUUUAUGGAUCCUGCAGUGCCAUUGCAGGGAGUGCCAACUGUGUUUGGAACUACAUGUGAAAACAGGAAACGCCGGAAAGAGAAAAGUGUAGGAGAUGAGGAGGACACCCCCAUGCUCUGCGGUGGUGUGGUCAGCACCCCCAUGAGCAUGAUGACUGCAGAUUAUGACUCCAAAUUGCAGAUGCAAGAAGGAGUAAGGAGUGGAUUUGCCAUGGCCGGACUUGAGAAUCCUCCUCAUGGUCACCCUGAGCGUUUUGACCCAGGUCGACCCCAGCUGCAGUCCGGAAGUCUAUCUCUAGGGUCAGAGGAGUCACCUUCUACCACUGAUUCUGAUAAGAUGUCAGACUUGGCGGGUAGAAAACCUCCUGGCAAUGUGAUUUCUGUGAUUCAGCACACAAACUCCCUGAGCCGACCCAAUUCGUUUGAAAGGUCUGAGUCAGCUGAACUUGUGGCUGGUACACAGGAUAAAGCUCCUUCGCCCUCUGAGACAUGUGACAGUGAGAUUUCCGAAGGCCCAGUGAGCCCAGAGUGGGCUCCCAGUAUGGAAAACACAGAAAGUGGAGGGAAACCAACUUUGUCCUCUCAGGUACAACAGCACUCCUAUCACACACAGCCUCGGCUGGUUCGACAGCACAACAUUCAGGUUCCUGAGAUUCGAGUUACCGAGGAGCCUGACAAACCAGAGAAAGAGAAAGAAGCCCAGAGCAAAGAACCAGAAAAGCCCGUGGAGGAAUUUCAAUGGCCCCAGAGAAGUGAGACCCUUUCUCAGCUCCCUGCCGAGAAGCUGCCGCCCAAAAAGAAGCGCUUGCGACUUGCGGAUAUGGAGCACUCUUCAGGGGAGUCGAGUUUUGAAUCCACAGGCACAGGCCUCUCUCGCAGCCCCAGUCAAGAAAGCAACUUGUCCCACAGCUCUAGUUUCUCAAUGUCUUUUGAAAGAGAAGAAACUUUUAAGCUUACUGCACCUCCUAAGCAGGAUGAGUUUGGGAAGCAUUCAGAGUUUCUGACUGUCCCUGCCGGUUCAUAUUCGCUGUCUGUUCCGGGCCAUCACCACCAAAAAGAGAUGAGACGAUGUUCCUCUGAGCAGAUGCCUUGUCCUCAGCCAACAGAAGUUCCAGAAAUUCGGAGCAAAUCAUUUGAUUAUGGCAAUUUGUCCCAUGCUCCCAUGGCAAGAGCAUCAACCUCAACAUUGUCACCGUCCCGGGAGAGGAAGAAAUGCUUCCUGGUACGGCAAGCUUCCUUCAGUGGCUCCCCAGAAAUUGCCCAGGGUGAGGCAGGUAUGGACCCAAGUGUGAAGCAAGAGCAAAUGGAGCAGCUCCACGCGGGCCUCAGGGCCACAUGGCUCCACGGCCCAUCCUCUGUGCUUCCGCCUCUUCUGGCAGAUGACCCAGGGAAGCAAGGGCUGGGUCCUUGUGCCCCACUGAGUUCAGGACCCCUCCACUUGGCCCAGCAACAGAUCAUGCACAUGGACAGUCAGGAGUCUUUGAGAAAUCCUUUGAUACAACCAACAUCCUAUUUGACAAGCAAGCACUUAGGUGAACAGCCACACUUAUUUCCACCUCAAGAGACAAUUCCAUUUUCUCCCAUCCAGAAUGCUUUGUUUCAGUUUCAGUAUCCUACUGUCUGUAUGGUUCAUUUACCAGCCCAGCAGCCUCCCUGGUGGCAGGCACAUUUCUCCCAUCCCUUUGCUCAACACCCUCAAAAGAGCUAUGGCAAACCUUUCCAGGCAGAAAUUCAUUCUGGCUAUCCUGUAGAGCAUGUUGCAGAGCACGCUGGAAAGAAAUCUCCUGAUUAUCCACAUGCAAAAGAGCAGACUUACCAGUGUUAUUCAGGAACAUCAGGGCUACACUCAAAGAAUCUUCCUCCAAAGUUCCCAUUGGAUCCAAGCUGCAAGUCGACGGAAACUCCCUCUGAGCAGAUUCUUCAAGAAGAUUUUGCCUCUGCAAACGCCGGGCCUUUGCAAUCACUACCGGGAACAGUGGUUCCUGUUCGGAUCCAAACGCACGUUCCGUCCUACGGAAGUGUCAUGUACACAAGUAUUUCUCAGAUACUUGGGCAGAACAGCCCCGCCAUUGUCAUAUGCAAAGUCGAUGAGAAUAUGACCCAAAGAACACUGGUAACCAAUGCAGCCAUGCAAGGGAUAGGAUUUAACAUUGCCCAGGUCCUCGGGCAGCAUUCAGGCUUGGAAAAAUACCCACUUUGGAAAGUACCUCAGACCUUACCUCUUGGCUUAGAAUCCUCCAUCCCCUUAUGUUUACCUUCCACCUCAGACAGCGUUGCCUCCCUUGGAGGCAGCAAGCGGAUGCUUUCUCCAGCCAGUAGCCUAGAGCUCUUCAUGGAAACAAAGCAGCAGAAGCGGGUCAAAGAAGAGAAGAUGUACGGGCAGAUUGUUGAGGAGCUCAGUGCUGUGGAGCUUACCAACUCAGACAUUAAGAAAGACCUCCCCCGCCCCCAGAAACCCCAGCUGGUUCGGCAAGGCUGUGCUUCUGAGCCAAAGGAUGGCUUGCAGUCAAGGUCAUCUUCUUUCUCCUCUCUGUCACCCUCUUCAUCUCAAGACCACUCCUCUGUCAGUGGGCCAAGAGAGCCAUUUUCACCCAGCAGGGAGAUGCUUUCUGGCUCCAGGGUGCCCCCUCCAGGGCAGAAGUCCAGUGGGCCUUCUGAAAGCAAAGAGUCCUCAGAUGAAUUAGAUAUGGAUGAGACAGCAUCAGACAUGAGCAUGAGUCCUCAGAGUUCUUCACUGCCUUCAGGAGACAGUCAGCAGGAAGAGGAUGGGAAGGGCCGGAAGCUGCCUGUUGGCAUGCUGGUCCACAUGGCCUCCAGCCCCAGCAGGAACAUGGCGAACUCUACUCUUCUUUUCACGGACAUGGCAGAUUUCCAGCAGAUUCUUCAGUUCCCCAGUCUGCGGACAACAACUACUGUGAGUUGGUGCUUCUUAAAUUAUACAAAACCCAAUUUUGUGCAGCAGGCCACCUUCAAAUCCUCGGUUUAUGCUUCAUGGUGCAUUAGUUCCUGCAAUCCAAACCCAUCAGGAUUGAACACCAAGACCACAUUGGCACUUCUGAGGUCCAAGCAAAAAAUCACCGCAGAAAUUUAUACUCUGGCUGCCAUGCAUAGGCCUGGAACCGGCAAACUCACAUCGUCCAGUGCUUGGAAGCAGUUCACACAGGUGAAACCGGAUGGGUCCUUUUUAUUUGGCAGCAAACUAGAAAGGAAACUAGUGGGAAAUAUCUUAAAGGAAAGAGGGAAAGGAGAGAUUCAUGGAGAUAAAGAUAUUGGAUCCAAACAAAAUGAGCCAAUCCGAAUUAAAAUCUUUGAAGGAGGGUAUAAAUCAAAUGAGGAUUAUGUAUAUGUCAGAGGACGUGGACGUGGAAAAUAUAUUUGUGAAGAAUGUGGGAUUCGCUGUAAGAAGCCAAGCAUGCUCAAAAAACACAUUCGCACUCACACUGAUGUUCGACCUUACGUAUGCAAGUUGUGUAACUUUGCCUUCAAAACGAAAGGAAACUUAACGAAACAUAUGAAAUCUAAAGCACACAUGAAAAAAUGCCUGGAGUUGGGAGUCUCAAUGACAUCAGUGGAUGACACAGAAACCGAGGAAGCAGAAAAUAUGGAAGAUUUGCACAAGACGGCUGAAAAGCAUAGCAUGUCCAGCAUUUCAACUGAUCACCAGUUCUCAGAUGCUGAGGAAUCAGAUGGUGAGGAUGGAGAUGAUAAUGAUGAUGAUGAUGAAGAUGACGAUGACUUUGAUGACCAGGGAGAUAUGACUCCAAAAACAAGAUCAAGAAGCACCAGUCCUCAGCCUCCUAGAUUCUCCUCCUUGCCUGUGAAUGUUGGCACUGUGCCCCAUGGAGUUCCCUCAGACAGCUCCCUGGGACAUUCUUCCUUGAUCAGCUACUUGGUUACUUUGCCAAGCAUUCAGGUCACUCAGCUCAUGACAUCCAGUGACUCGUGUGAAGAUACCCAGAUGACAGAAUAUCAGAGGCUUUUCCAGAGCAAAAGUACAGACUCGGAACCAGACAAAGACAGGUUAGACAUACCGAGUGGCAUGGAUGAGGAGGGGAUGCUAUCUUCAGAGCCAAGCUCUUCCCCGAGGGACUUCUCCCCCUCAAGCCACCAUUCCUCACCAGGAUAUGAUUCAUCACCCUGUCGAGAUAAUUCACCAAAGAGGUAUCUGAUACCCAAAAGAGAUUUGUCACCCAGAGGACAUUUAUCACCUAGGAGAGAGCUGUCACCCAUGAGACAUCUGUCACCAAGAAAGGAAGCUGCACUGAGGAGAGAGAUGUCCCAAAGAGAUAUUUCUCCAAGAAGGCACUUGUCCCCAAGGAGGCCGUUGUCUCCUGGGAAGGACAUCACUGCGAGAAGAGACCUGUCUCCUAGAAGAGAGAGAAGAUACAUGACCACCCUAAGAGCGCCAUCUCCCAGAAGGGCUUUAUGUCCCAACCCGCCAUUAUCCAUGGGGCAGUAUUUGCAAGCAGAGCCAAUUGUACUGGGGGCUCCUAAUUUAAGAAGAGGAUUACCUCAGGUUCCUUAUUUCAGUCUCUAUGGAGACCAAGAAGGUGCUUAUGGACAUCAAGGCUCCAGCCUUUUCCCUGAGGGUCCUAACGACCACGUCUUCAGUCAUCUUCCACUCCACUCUCAGCAACAAGUGCGAGCUCCUAUCCCUAUGGUGCCAGUUGGUGGGAUCCAAAUGGUUCACUCUGUGCCGCCGGCCCUUUCCGGCUUACAUCCUCCACCCACAUCACCGCUGCCAGUGGAGGGCUCUAUGGAGAAGAAAGCGGCGCCCAGGGAGUCCUUCGGGAAGGAUCCCUAUGCUCUUCCUAGGCAGUAUGAGAAAUGGGCGCCUCACAUCCUGCAGUCAUCUGGUCUACCGGGCACUCCCUCCUCACCUCGGCUGUUGAUGAAACAGAGCACUUCCGAAGACAGCCUCAAUGCAACAGAGAGGGAACAGGAGGAGAAUAUACAGACUUGUACAAAAGCCAUUGCCUCUCUUCGGAUUGCCACAGAAGAGGCGGCUCUGCUCGGGGCUGAUCAGCCAGCACGGGGGCAGGAGCCCUCCCAGAAACCCUUGGAAAGUGCACAUGUUAGCAUUAGACACUUUAGUGGGCCUGAGUCAGCUCAGCCCUGUACCUCAGCUGCCCACCCUGACUUGCAUGAUGGUGAAAAGGACAAUUUUGGUACAACACAGACUGCAUUAACUCACUCCACAUUUUACAGCAAGAGUCGCGUGGACGAGAAACAGUCAGACUUUCACAGCAGCAAGGAAUUAUCCUUAAGCACAGAGGAAAGCAAUGAACCUUCAUCAGAAAAGAGUCAGCUACAUUGAUCUGAGAUGCAUGGACACUUUCAUUUCCACACGUCCCCCUUUUUUGUUUUUGUUUUUCUAGAAAUAGAGGUAAUCAAGUUUAUAGCAUGCCUGUCCUAAGUUACAGUAGUUUGCUAUUAUAUAUACUUUUGUUAUCUCAAAAGAAUUAGGUAAAUUAACACGUCAUCAUGAGCCUGACCAAAACAAAAAUUUGAAAUUAACCUAUUGGGUCUGGUACUUUUUAAAUUGUACAGAUGUUUGUGCCUUUUCUUUACUUUGCUUAUAUUCUUAUAAGCAUUUUUUAGCAGUAAUCUGUACAUAUUUUAGAAUUUGUGUAUCUGCUUUGUAAUAAAUGUAAUUUCUUUCCUUUUUUGGACACUUGGAUCUAAAUGAUGUAAAGCAAAACAGCAUCAUAUAUAUGUGAGGUUGCACUAAAACAUAUUUUUAUAUGAUAAAAACUGAACAGCUUUUAUGUACAGCUCUGAUUCUGUAAUACUAAUAUUUAUUUACUUUGUUUCAUAAAUUGUACAUUUUUUCUUAAUGUUGUGGAUUGCUUUUCUAUGUGAAGCAUGGGAUUUACUGUUGCAUAACUAGAACAAAAAUGUACAUUGUAAACAAGAUAUUUAAAUUAGAGUAUCUUAUUCUGCACUUAUGCAUUAGUUACAAAAGAUAAAGGAUGUAUCAGUCAGUUCUUAACUCCUGUAAAUUUUUUGUCUCUUGUUUGCUGGAUUGACUAUAACUUAAGAGCUGAUUGUGAUUUUAAACUGAUAGUACCGUAAAGCAUUAAAGUAAACAAUGUGCUAUUGUGAGUUUUUUCAAAGCUUUAUAAAUCAGUUAUAAAUAAUAUUAAAAGUAUUUGGUCUUAUGUGAACAUGUUGAUCUAUAUACUCAUCUAAAAAUAUGGGAAAACAUUCCACCCCAUGUAAAUAUGUACAAGUGCAUCACUGGUACAAUUUUAUGUAACUCAGUUGGAUGCUAGGUUGCCACAGACUUAUGCUAGGGUGUCUUUCAAAAUUACAGUGACAAAGAACUUGGGACUGUAGUGCUUGGUUAUCGGCUGGCCCGGUGGCUUGGCAGGCAGUGCUGUGCGCUGUCCAUAGAGGAGACCCGGGUGUAGAAAUCUCCUUAGGUCUUGAAGCACAGGACAGUGAGUGGAGCUAAGGCUACAUGGAGGGGUCACGCUUGGACUCUGAGGGUUGGGUGUGGAAGUGGAGGAGAGGGCUGGAGACCUGCCCCUCAGCUGUUCCUGGAAGCCUGUCCACAAGGUAACAGGGUUAACAUCAGCAUUAGGGGAAGUCACUUUACCCUUUUGUCUAGGGGGAGAGUGUCAUGCUCCUAGCUAUCUCAGGGGGAAUGGAGAAGAGGAGCUUUCAAGGAAAAAGAACUCAUGGGAGGAGGUCUUUUAUAUACACCAUUCAGAAUGGCUUUGGCUUAGUAUGGAGGAUGGGAAGAGUUUUGGUAGGUCCAGAAGAGCAGAGGGAGGGGACACAGCAACGUGUGCACAUGCACGCACGUGUGUGCACACACAACUGGGUUAUCUUUGUGCUAUAUAGUGGAUUAUAAUUCUGUGAAACCAAGUUUGUAUAUUGAAUUACAUUAAGGAGUGUUCUUUACAAAGAGAAAUAAAUGUACAAUGACAUGCUU